UGUUCUCGAGUGGAUUGCCAAUUGGAUGCGUCAUGUCUAUCGUGCAAGUUUCCCCUUGACUGUCAACUCGAUGAGCCAGUACAAGUCAACUGUACAUCAGUGAAGGAAUGUGGAUCAAAUCAAAUAAGUACUAGAAGGGAAACGUUCUGCAGGUACUGUUGGCAGUCCUCACCAUCAGAUUUCGACUGCCUGCCUCAGUCUAAUUGUUCCACCACAAGUUCUCAACUUGUGCUCACUGAAUGUGUGGUACAUGCGAACGUCAUUUGCAAGGGCCGGCGAUCGUUCAACAAGCGUGUCAGAUGUAACUGGUCUUCUGGAAUCAGCUGGGCAAAGGCAAUGUUCCUUUCGGUGACGUUAGGAGGAUUUGGAGCCGAUCGAUUCUAUCUUGGGCUAUGGAAGUCGGCUAUCGGUAAACUGUUCAGUUUCGGAGGACUGGGCAUUUGGACGAUCGUUGAUGUUGUAUUAAUAGCAACAGGAUACAUUCGUCCGGCGGACGGUUCACUAUAUAUU